UUGUGAAAUGUAUAGCAUGGUUAAUUUCAGUACCACCAGUACGCAUACUUCUAUAGCACAUGCCAUAGGCAAAAACAUAAGAUUAGCAGUAUUGAAUCAUCGUUAUCAGUAUUAUAGCAUAGGUGCAAUUGAAGUUCAAGUUAGAGGACUUAGCAGUACGAUUUGAAGAAGCAGAAACAACGACUACACGAGCUAGGCAAAUGCCUUUCUUCGCUGUAGGUAUGAUGCAAAACAACAUGGGUGUGUAGGAAAUCGAGUGUAGUUGUACGAUUACACUAUACAGCCAGUCGAGCUCUCCCCAGUAGGUAGGUCGCUGAUUAAUGUAGUUCUGUGGUUUUCGUCACCGAAAGUGGAUUCCAUUUUAACGAAAAUGUGAUUAUUCUUGUCAAGGAUAAAAAUUAACGAUUGACAAUGGACGUUCAGUACGAUGAAGACCUUUCACAGAAUCCUUUCUAUCGGAAACUUCAAACAGAUCAUCAGAUCUUUUUGGAGACGGCCCCGAUUGAAGGUUGGAUCAUUUGUGUACCCCGCAGUGGAACCAUCAACGACAGAUGUUUAGUGGAUCAGGAAUUCCUGCUAGCUCAAAUUCUAGUUCCGAACGAAGAGCUUCCCGAAACGCAUUUUACAAAUUUGAGCUGUGUCGAUAUACGAUUGCAUGGGCGUCAACUGAUCACUGGUGGAAUACAAGCGACGAUCCUUUUCGAAGAAGUGUUCUACACGAAUGGUUUGAAGUUUAAAGUGUGGUGUAUAGAGCGACCAUUGUGUGAUACGCGACCGUAUGGCAUAAUCGUAGAAGAUGAAUUCGGGAGAUUAACCACCAUCAAGAAGCUCCAAGAUGCAGUCGAAUUUAUACGAUCAGUGGCUAAGCCACGAUACGUGUUCUCCAAAAUUGACACAGCAGUUCAAAGUUUCAUGAAAAAUAAAUCAGACUUCACCAAAUGGAACCUCAAACAGUACAAGGAGGACGUGAAAAAGUUGUACAUUCAAUGUUUGGAGAUAGUGCUUCAAAACCGGAAAUUGAAAGAUCGAUGCCAAAAGGAUGCUCAUCUCAAGCACAAUGUUAAGCUUGCUGUGGAAACCUAUAUGAUGGACAAGCUGUAUGAUCACGUGAAAGAUGUGAUCAACGUGUGCCAGCAGGAGCAGGUGGAAAGCUUUAACAAAACCAUUCGGAACCUGUCGGACAUCCACAUCACGGAGAUGAAGCUGAAGCGCAGCUACGCUGACGUAAUCCCCAUCGUAAAGAAAGAGUUGUUGAGGAUCGACGACUGCCGCACAGCCAUUGAUAAGAGCAGUUGUUUGAAGAAAGCUUUCGAGAUAAUUGCUCGCGAGCAUGCCGGAGCUGCUUGGGGAAAAAACAAUGGCGAGCUGAAGCUGAUGACGACCACCGAUGAUGUUAUUCCUCUGUUGAUAUUCGUUAUCACCAAGACCGGUCUAACUAAUUGGAUCAUGAAUGUAACGUUUCUCAAAGAAUUCCAACUCAACGACCCGUCAUCAACAGUGCCUCAAAAGGAUAAGCACGGCCAGAACAACUAUCUUAUCACAACACUGGAAGCCGUAAUCGUCUACAUCAGCUGCUGCAGUAUCGAGCGUUCCCAGCGUUUGGGAAUCGAUAUCAUGUCCGAUGAGGACAUACAAAUGAAAAAGUACUGCGAAAUGAGUUUCAAAAAUGCCGAUCAAUUCCUCAAUUACCUAUUCACGCUGAUGAAGAACAAUGAGGAAGAGGAAAUAUUGAACAUAUUCCAAGAUUUCAACAACAACAACAGCAGUUUAAACUUCGAAUCCAAAAACAAAAAGUGUCACCCUCUCUGCAGUUGCAUGAGAUGUGAAUCGAUGCCCUACUUACCGCACAUAGACGAUCGCAACCAGAACGGCUUGGCCGCGAUUCAUCUUGCGGCGACACUGGGCAGUCCAAAAUUGCUCACCCUCAUUCUGAAUCUUAAACCGAAUGUUGACGCGGUGGAUGCAAAGAACUGGACUGCGCUGCACUACGCUGCUGCCAAUGGACAUCAGAAUUUGCUUUUGCUUCUUCUGCAUGCCGGAAUCAAUAUCAACAGCACGAGCAACGACCAACAUACAUCCCUUCAUUUAGCCUGUCUAAACGGUCACAGUGGAUGUGUCAAGGCCUUGCUCUACUUUUCGGAACACAUGAAAAUACAUGUCGAUAUCGACGCCCAAACGCAACUCGGUCAGACUGCACUGCACUACGCUUCCAAAUGGGGAUUUUCAGAUAUCGUUGAAACGUUAUUGGAACACUCUGCUACCGUUAACGUAGCGAAUCGAGUUGGUGCAACGCCCCUAAAAUACGCCCACAAUUCCAAGAUCAUGAAAAUGUUGAAAGACGCUUACGCUGAUCAACAAAAACGACGAAAGUCCUCCGACUUGAGUCCUGUUGGAAACGAAGAAUACGUUCUUAUAUCCGAUGAAGAUCUCUUGGACAACGAAACCUUCGUGGAAUAUCGGAACAUUGAAGAGAUGAAACGAAUCGACAAAGCCAUCACUGCAAUAGUAGCCCACGAUACCAAAUUAGCUUGCUAUUACCUAGGGCUAGAAGUCUUCCCACCAACUCCAAUGAUUAACACGUCCGCUCCGAAAGACUACUCAUCCGAAAAAGUUUGCCAUCCGCUGUGUACAUGCCAGCGAUGCCUCAACGAUUCGGCAGAUUUCUACACCCUUCUUAGGAAACCAUUCACUUCCAGCCCGAAAAACACCAGCAAGAUCAAUCUCAACGCCACCAACGGCGACGGAUGCACCGCUCUGCACGUAGCGGCGAUGAGUGGCAAUUUGGACAUGAUCAACAUUCUGCUGGAUCAUCGCGUCAGUGUAUCCGCCAGGACUAAAUCCGGCUGUACCGCGCUCCAUCUGGCCUGUCGCGAACGGCGACUGAAUGUGAUCAAACUACUUCUGAGUCGCUGUCGGAGCGACGAAAUUGUCGACCUAAAAGACUGCCGUGGUGACACCCCGCUGCACUACGCGGUCGAACAGAAUCAACUACGCAUAGUGGAGAUUCUGCUCAGUGCCAAAGCUGACAAGAGUCUACGGAACCUGGCCGGCCAGCGACCGAUCGACAUCGCUCGGGAACGACUAUUUUUCAAUGUGAUCAAUGUACUUGAAAGGAAGUGGUAAUUUGCCCAAACGCCUCUGCGAAUGGAACUUCGUCACAAUAUCUAAUUUAUUGCAAUGUAACAUAUCUGUUGAAAUCUUUCUAGUGAGAUAGAGAUAUAUACAUUCUUAAUGUGUUACAAGUUACAGAUUUUUCGGUCUUUAAAUAAAAUAGAAUUUACAACGCUAGUUCAAA